AUGCCUAAACAAAGCAAGAAACCGAUUGCUCGUGCUGCUCCUUAUAUUUCAAUGCCACAUCGAUCUCGAAAAAAUCUCAAUCAACAAUCGGCACAAAUUCAGCAACAACAACAACAACAACAACGGUGUUUGCCUGAACCUCAUCAGGAAAAUUUGAUAAGUGGUGAUAAAGAUGAAACAUUUGCUCGAAAACGUUUUCAUCGUAGCACGCUACCCUCACCUUCUCCACCACCAACGUCUCUCAUAUCCGACUCAUCGUCAAUAUUUUCAUCUUUGUCAUCAAGCACAACUAACUCUAAUGCCGACGAUGAUCUCAAUUAUUGGCUAUCUUGUUCAAUUAGAGAAGUAUGCAAACGCAUACCCAUUAACUGUUUGGGCUAUGAGUUUCUUAGCAACGGUGAAGUGGAAGUGAUUGAAAAUAAUUUUCGGGCACUAUCUGUAAUAUUAUCAUCAUCUGAUUGGGAUUUAGAACGAAAUCCGGUAGAUUAUGUUCGUGCUUUUCGUCGAUUACAUGCUAUUGAUUCGUUCAUACUUUUAUGUGAAAAUUUUCUUCAAGUGGCUGGUGAUGAUAAUAAUAGAUAUCGAUCGUUGAUACAGCUGAUUGGUCAAGGUUGGUAUACCUGUUUGGCUGGUCUAUUGCCAUCAUGUUUAUUUCCACUGGAUACUACAUCCACCGUUCCAUUGACUCAUUUGACAAAUGAUGAUAGCAGAAAAUUACAUUUCAUUAAUCAGAACAUAUCAGAUUUCGAAGAUGUAUUAGAUGAAGCAAUUAAACACGGUGAAUGCAUAACAAAACAGAAUACAUAUAGUCAAUAUCCAAUUCUAUUAAAUUAUGUUCGCAAAAUGUGGUUGGUCCUGAAGGAAGAAAUUUUUAGCAAAACUGAUAAUGGAAAACAUUCACAUUCUGGACUCCCACUUAGAAACUUAUCAAACAAUGACCAACUUGUCAUUUCAAAUGGCCGUUUACCAUUGUUUUGUGCUUCAAAACAACUGAAAAUGUUAUCAAGUUUUAUCUCACAGUUUUUUCAGUCAUCAUCAGUCGAUUGUGAACAGUCAAAGAUGACUUAUAUUAAUGAUCGUCAAAAAUAUAAUUUUAAUGAUAAUUAUGAAACAUACACGAAAACAUAUUUGAUUGGCAAUAGUGAAGGUGAUAUGUAUGAUAUAACAACAAUGAAACAGUGGCAAUAUGAACAAUUAUAUCGACGACAUCGACAAUGUAAAUGUACACGUACACAACAAUGUUGUAAGACGAUCGAAGACAAACUUUUUGAAAUCAGUCAUCAGUAG